AUGGGCACUAUGCUUCAUUACGCCGUCACUGGUGCUUUCAUCAGUACUGCUGUUGUCAUCGGUGUGACAUUCGUGAUCAUCUUUGACGUUAUCAACGACAUCAACGAAUUUCAGAGGGACAUCGAAAAAGAUCUCGAUCAAUUCAAGCUCAUUGCCAAUGAUGCAUGGAAGACAAUGAUGGGAGCUAAACAAAGUGAAAGCGCUACAGCCUUUGGUUCCAUCAGAAUCCGAAGAGGUGGUAGCUACAAUGUCGGUGCUGGUGGUGGCUCCUACAGGGCUGGCGGUUCUUACGCAGGUGGAGGUGGUGGAUCCUCCUAUAGAGCCGGCGGUUCUUAUGCAGGUGGCGGUGGUGGAGGUGGUGGUGGCUGUCAAUGCGCAGCUCAAGCUACAGGACCUCCCGGUCUACCCGGACUGCCAGGAGAUGACGGGGAACCAGGUCUUCCUGGAAGCUCAGGCGGAGCCGCCGUAGCUGCAGCACAGUCUCAUUCUAGUGGAUGCAUACAGUGUCCAGCUGGACCACCAGGCCCACCCGGACCCGAUGGGGGUCCUGGUCCGGCUGGACCGCCAGGAAAUCCCGGACAAGACGGAGAAAGCAUGGGAGGAGGCAUGCCAGGACCUCCCGGUCCUCCUGGAGCACCUGGAGCCAAUGGACAAAAUGGCAUGCCCGGAAACGAUGGAGCACCUGGAGCACCUGGAACGAGGUCGUCCAGUCUACCAGGGCCAGCAGGACCAGCCGGACCAGCUGGAGCACCAGGAAUGCCGGGACAACCUGGAGGCUUUAAUGGAGCAGGACUACCAGGCCCUGCUGGUCCACCUGGUCCCCGCGGUAAUGACGGAGCACCAGGAGCACCAGGAGCUCCUGGAGCACCCGGCUCUAGUGGAGGACCAGGAUCUGAUGCUGCAUACUGCCCAUGUCCUCCACGUGCUGGAGGGGGAGGGGGAGCGCUUGUAGGUGGGCCGACCAAUAACGUUGGAAGAUCAUAUUUUGGAGGUGGAAGUGGAGCUACUAACUACAAUGGACCAGCGGGCGGAGGAAGAUCUUCAGGAGGCAGUUACAAUCAAGGAGUUCGAGGCAGUGUCAAGAGACGUCGCGUCGUUCACGCUGCUGCUUGA